UUCCGGUACGAACGAACACGUCGCUCACUCUCUGUUCCUGUCAUGGCGCGUUGUGGUGUAGUUUAUUGAUUUUUGUAUAAUUUAAGUUUAGUUAACGUAAUUAUUUCAUUUGUUUUUAGUGUUUUGUAUAUAGUUAGUACCCCACAUUCAAUUAGUAUUUGUAAAAAGUGAUACCUUAUCGCAAAACUGAAAUAAAGCAUCAACAUUUUUUUCUAAAUAAUCGUUAUGAUUAGCAUGUUGGUAACGCUGAUAAUUACUUUGUGAUAAAAACAAGUGAAUUUAAUCACUGGAAAAUAUUAUCUAAUAUUUACGCCAAACCUUUAUUUCAAAGUGAUUGUGAAAUUUGAACACUCGUUAGGCUGUAGUAAUUAUGAACACCACUGCAAUUGCUACUUCAGCAACAGACUACAGAAGGUGUUCAACGGAGACAAUACUGAGCAUACAAGGAAAGGAAACAGAUUUUGUGGCAGACACCACCGAUACGGAGAGUCUCGAUAGCGAUGUCAAGGAUGUGGAGUACGAGCCCGCGAGCGAGACUGAAGAUGAUGAGCAGCUGUUCGCAGACACCUCGGGCGACAGCGAGGGGGAAAUCAUCAAGACGAAGGUGAUAACAGUGACGAUGGGCGACAGCGGCGAUUUGGAGUUCGCGGAUUCUGAGCACACGGACACCAACGACAGCGACAGUGAGAUCGACAUGCUGGGCUUCGAGCGGUGCGCGCAGUGUCACUCGACGGACAUCGACAGCUUCUACCGAUACUGCGACAAGUGUUUUAAGGUACGUAAAAACUUGUUCCCGCCUCGACCGAAGCGAAAGCAGAAGCGAAAAAAAUCUAAAGACACCGACGAACUGUCUCGCACUCUCUCCCAAGAUUCCGGGUUCGAAUCGCAUAACAGUCAGAAAAUUGAAAACGGACAGGGGCCCUCGGUGGGCCCUAUAGAAUUAAGUGGCACACGAAAACGUCGCGCCGACUCCGUUGAUUCGAUAUUUUCAGAACCUGAAACAAAGCGUCAUAAAAAUGUCGAUUUAGUCCAACCCCUCAUUAAAACCAUGAGCGAACCCCCCUCGGAAAGUUCUAGACCAACAGACAAAGAUAAUCUUUGCAUUACAUGUUGUGUAGAACCGAAAUCGGGAGUUUUUGCGCAUGGCAAAAUUGCACACAUUUGCUGUUGCUACAAGUGUGCCGUCAAAGUGUGGACCAAAUCCAAAAGGUGUCCCGUCUGUAACUGCAAAGUUAGCAAUGUGUUGCGGGCGGUUGUCAUGUAACCGUGAUAUUAUAUUCAACAAACUGUAAAUAAUAAUAAUAUGUUCAAAAAUUACAUAGCAAAUUCAAGUAAUAUUUGCAAUUCACCUGCGAAUAAGUGUUCAAUUUUAUUUUUGUGCAAUAUUUUUUUUGGGUUAUAUGUAUAGAAUUAUUAUUUACAGGUAUGUUGAAAAGGUCUUUAGCGUGAAGUUCCUAUAUUAAUUUUAAUCCCAUCUUGACGAUCUCUCGGAUUAAUCAUAUGCGAAAAAUUGUCCAUCGUAUUCGUAAUCAUAAUUUUCUGUUCUAAGAUCACUUAUGUUUGCGCGUAUGAUUGUAGAUUUUUCAUAUGUCUGUAAGAUCGUUUAUUACUACAAAACAUACGGGGCACUUUUUCACUACAUUAUAUAUAUAUAUAUAUAUUUCAGGUUGAUUUUUAACAAUUGCGGCAUUUCCUAUCAAUCAUAGUUGUAUAUCUCAAUAUUGUUACACCUACAUUUUUUUAAAUAGCCAAUCAUGUUCCACUCCUGGACACAAGUCUCCCGACUCUCUUUCAGCUAAAUCCACAUUAUUUUCAUAAAAAAAGAGUUCAAUUUAAUUACAUAAUUUGAGAAAGCCAUGGGCUUUUUGAUGUAUUAUUAUUGCAUCGUUUAAUCAUCGACGACAAAUUAUAAUAAUUCUUAUAUAAAAUUAAAAUACAUAGUUAAUGCCACUUUUCUUAAAUUAUCCAAAUGGCGUUUAGUUCAAAACUUUUCAUAUUCUUUUUAAAUGGCCUAAUUAAUUAUUUAAUCAAUGUUUACAAAUAACGGCUUCUCCAAUUAAGUACUUCAAAAAUAUCACCCAUUUGUUUUUUUUUUUUAAAUAGAAAUCUAGAGGAUUUAUAGUGCAUUCAAAAAAAUUUCAAACUAAAAACAUGAGCUUAACAAAUUGUUACUUACAAAAAAAAAUAAUCCAAUUGUUAAAAUCGUUUUACUGCAAUUUUCUUACUGUGAAACUAUUAAUUUCCCACCGACAUAUAACUGCUAAAACAAUAAAUGGCAUAUUUUUAAUAUUAAAAAUUAUUUUCAAUAUUCUGAAGUAGGAAUAUUAUAAUUUUAGUAAUUAAAUAAUAUUUAGCUAGCAACGUCCUUCCUUUUGGUAUGCCAUCUUAAUUUUAAUUAUUGCUUGGUUAUUAAAACUAAUUAAACUUGUCCAAUUCACUUAGAGUAAUAUGCUAUCUUGUAUAAUAUGUAAAAUAGUUCUCAGAGUUAAUAUAUUGAAUAGUAGGUUAGGUAGGGGAUAUAGAAAGUAAUUUACUACAUAAUUACAUUUCAUUUGUCAUGUUGUAUUUUAUAUGGAAAUGUUUAAGAAUAUCAUUUUCUUUUACUGUGAGAAGUUUGAAAUACCUCUCCCAACGAAGAAUGUAAUGAACAAUGUAAUGCUUAUUGCAGUUAACAUUACUUGCGUCUAAGUAUACCACCGUUUUUUUUAAAUCGCGAGCAAAUGUUUGUCGAUGAUCUAUUUAAUAAUUAGUAAGGGAACCUACUCUAGUUUUAUAUAGUAUUAAUAAUUUCAUCAGUCGUCGUAUGUAUAGGUCUCCUGUAAUUUGUUUGAGAUUAACGAUUGACAACAUUCUUAUUAUUACCAUAGUCAUACUAUAUGUAUAUCAUAUGUCUAGGAUUGAUUGAAUAUUAUAUAAUAUGUGAUAUAUUCGUUUAUAUAUCACGUGCAUUUUUUCUUUCUUAUGUCAAAUUAUUAGUUUAUAUUUAGGUAGAGGCUGAUCUUAAUAUGAUCCGAAAUAUCCGCCCACCAUUUCUUUAAAAAAAAAGUUAAUUAUAAGAAUCGUUUCACUUUAGAUAUGUUUGUGAACAAGGGUAUAUGUAGGUUAGCAUAACAGAGUUAUUAUUUUAAAGUUGAAGUAGUGUUUUUUUUUCUUAUUAUUUCAAUUGACACUCGAAUAACGCUAUUUAAAUUUUUUUAACUAUUUUUUUUUCCUUGACUGGCAUAGUAUUGAGUAUGUAGUAUACUAAGGAAGUAUUCUACUUAAUAAAAUUGUGUAACUUCAGGGGUGUAAUUAUCAGUUAAAAUAAAUCAUCCAUAUUUAUACUAAACUAAAUGUGUUUAGUUGUUAUCAAUCUGUCAGUCUACUUAUUUUAUGCCACAAUUCCUCAUUUCCAUGUCAAAUGUUACAAAUGUAACAUUAAUGAAUUAAAUAAUUUAUAUUUUUGUUUCAUACAUAAUGAUCGUUUUGGUGGGUAGCGUAAUUGGUUUGUCAAUUGAUUAUUCAUAAUGGCAUAUCAAUAGGAAUGCGUUUGCUAUAUUCACAUGCACUAAAAUAAUGUUAUUUCUGUGAUAAAAAAUUAAACAACAAUGAAAAAAAUCAAAAUAAAAAGCUUUUUCGUAA